UCAGAAUCAAACAUGGUACCAAAUUUUCACUCGUAUUUAUUUCCUUGGUUCUUAGCAGUUUUAUCAGGUUCAGCAGCUGAUUCUAACUUAACAAUCAAUUCCUACGAUCCUGAAUAUGGAGUAUAUAUUGGCGAAUUACCUGAUCCAUCAGAUGCAGAUAUUAAAGGACGAGUUUAUAUUGUAAAUGAAACAACUUUGCAAGUCAUCAAUUUCACUUACAAUGGAAAAGCACCAGAUUUAUAUUUUUGGCUCGACCAAAGUGACGCACCAUCUGUUGACGGUCUCAAGAUCCCAUCAUUUGAAUUUGGGGUUGCUCCAAUUGGUCUGUACAAGAAUGCGGAACGAGUUGUACUCGUAUUGCCAGGACUUCACAAAAUUAGCUCAUUCAAAAGUUUCUCUCUAUUCUGCUUGAAGUUCGAGCAUAACUUUGGUACAGUUUCAAUUCCGGAUACUGUAGUCAUUCCGAAACCACAAUUUCUAGCUACUGAAUUGCGUGGUAGCCGGUAUAAUGUUGGUUCGGGACCUAUUUUGAUAAUUGACAGGAGAACAAUUAAGAUUUUUGGAUUUACCUUUGAUGGUGAUAAAGCACCAGACGGAUACUUUUUUGUUGGUCGAGGACCAAAUGUUGCGCAUGAUUCUGGAGUCAAAGUAUCGAUACGUGGAAGAGACACUGCCGGAAUGAUAACGGCAAUGAAUGAGCGAUAUCGUGGUGGACAGGACAUAAUCAUAGAUUUACCUGUGGAAUAUGAUAUUAAUCAUAUUGACUGGUUAUCCGUUUACUGUUACAAAUUUCGGGUUGAUUUCGGACAUGUGUCUAUUAUGAAUGUAUCCCAAAGAAUACCUCCCUAUAUACCGCCCCAGAAACGAUUCGAUGAUAUAGAACUUUCCAAAAUUGACGGUUGGGCAUUAAUUUCAUUGCUGGGGACAGAUGAUCGUUUAAACUUCACAUUUCAGUUGGGACCACCUGGCGGUCGAAGAGGUUACCAGUUCAUGGCACAUGCUAGACCAGCAAAGUAUGUGUGGUAUGUGAAUGGCUAUUUGGCUGAUAUUUAUUUGAAGCGUGGUGUCACAUAUACAUUCAAUGUCGAAGGUGGUAAUGAUAAGUCCACAAGCGAUUUUUACAAUCCUCUGUACAUAUCAGAUGAUCCGUUUGGCGGAUACGCUAAAUUGUCCAAUGAUGAACGAGAACAAGUGAAAAUAGUAGCUGGACACAACCCAAAUGAAACAGCCGGUCGCCUAUGUUUAUGGUCUCACGAUGGUGGAGACGAUGAAGACGCUGAUAAAUUCAAUAGCUUCAUUGAGUAUCGGCGUUCACUUAAGUUAAAAUGCAUUGGAACAUCCAAAACAGCAACUUUCCACUUCACUCCAACAGCUGAAACCCCCGAUACUCUCUAUUAUCAAAGUUAUUCUACAUACAAUAUGGGCUGGAAGAUUCAUGUUGUGGAUGAUUUACCAAAAGAUAUCGCAGAUUUUGUGGAAGAGCCGUAUCAGUACGACAUCUGGUUGCAACAGCAUAAUUUGCUAAAUGUUAGAGAGGGAUCGUUAUCCGCAGCAGUCUCAUAUUCUGCUAUUCAAGUUUACGUUAUUCCAUCAAUAAUACGCUUCAUGAUAUGCAGUGCUUCUGCUCUUAUGUUACAGUGAGGUGAUAUUUGGUGCUAAUCGAUUGAUCUCUUGAAGCUUUUCUAGGUGAAACUACUUUCCACUUUAAGUUUCAGUUAUUAUCCUCUAUUGUUCAAUUGCAAAUCGAUUCCAGAUCUCGUCCACAGCUAAAACUUCAAUUUGAAAACCAAUACUUUUUUCUAAUUGUCAUAUUUCGUACCAUUUAGAUGUUAUCCAG